AUGGCGCGGCAGUCAUCGUCGACGACCCGCGGAGUCGGCGGCGAUCCGAAGCUCUCCGCGCCCUGCCCGAAGUACACCAAGGUCGUCCGUAAUGGCGUCGUCGUCGAGAUGGAGGUCAUUCCUGUCGGCGGCGACGGCGAGGUGCCCAACGCCCGCCCGUUCGUCAAGCCGCCGCGGGUCGUCGAAACCGCUACUUGUGGCACGAUGGUGCGCGAGAAGAAGUCGGCUCGCCGCGCCGGCGCAGACGAGCAGUUCUCGUUGCCCAGUCCGAAGCGUACCAAGGUGACCCGCGACGGCGUCAAGACGAUCUCCGUCGAGCCUGCACUGGGAACCCUUCGGAAGAGGAUGGCCGCGGAGCUCGACGCCCUCCACGCCCUCCUGAGGAAGGCGGAGCUCUUGUCCAGCGGCAACAACGGGCGGUCCAUGGCCGCCGCCGAGCCACGAUCGGAAGCGCCGGCGGAGGCUUCCAUCAAGACGCCACCGGCGCAGCGGACGAAGGUUUCUACUCCCGCGAAGAUCGUUGAGUUCGAGAGCGCGGAGGACAAGAACGAGUUCGUCGACAUCUGCGGCGGCGUCUCCCCUGCCGUUCCCGUUGAGAAGGCUGGCGAAUCCGGCAAUAGCCCGACCUCAAGCAGCGAUUCUGGAAGCUCGUCUUCGAGCGAUUCAGAUUCAGACAGCGACUCCGGAAGCUCAUCUUCGAGUGAUUCAGAUUCGGACAGCGAAUCUGACAGCGAUCCCAACGAGACCGUCGACAUCCCGGUUCCACUUCCACAGGCGGUCCUUCCCCAGGAGAACGGAACAUCUGUGCAGCCGGCACCGGAACCAGCAUCGGAGGUGGUGCAGAGGACGGAACCAGAGAAGCACUCCAAGACCGAUCUGAUCGCCAAGGCGAAGAUCCGACGGCAGCUUCUGGAGAUGGGGAGGGCGGUGCUGCCCGACGAGAGCAUCCACGCACGGGACCUGCGGCGCCUGUGCAUCGCCGAGUAUGGCCGUCCCGGCAUCAUGCAACGGCUCGGACUCUUCCUCAAGGCCGACGCGUAG